CGUUGCCCGUGGCGGCCUUCGAGCCAACGGUUAGCGCGGACGGAGCUUGGAAACAGCAACUUAGAUAGAUGCAGUCUCCCAUGGGGAGCAGCAAAAACCUGGAGGGAUGGAGACCUGAUAAUGGAUUCUGAAUUAAUGCAUAGUAUAGUCGGAAGCUAUCUUAAACCUCCAGAAAGAGUGUUUUUUCCAUCAUUUACCCAGAAUAAUGAAUCAUCUCAGACUCCCCACUAUGCAAACAUUGAAGGUACCUCUCCUAAAAUGCUACAUAGUCCAAAUAGCCAAGCUCUUAUGUUAGCCUUAAAAACUCUUCAGGAAAAGAUUCAUCGUUUAGAAUUGGAGAGAACACAAGCUGAAGAUAACCUAAACAUUCUCUCCAGAGAAGCAGCAGAGUAUAAAAAGGCCUUGGAGAAAGAAACAAAUGAGAGAAAUUUGGCACACCAGGAACUGAUAAAGCAGAAAAAGGAUAUUACUAUACAGUUAAGCUCAGCCCAGUCUCGCUGUACUCUUCUAGAGAAGCAACUAGAAUAUACAAAGAGAAUGGUUCUCAAUGUAGAGCGAGAGAAGAAUAUGAUCCUAGAACAACAGGCCCAGCUUCAAAGGGAAAAAGAACAAGAUCAUAUGAAGCUGCAAGCAAAACUUGAAAAGCUUGAUGUCUUAGAAAAAGAAUGUUUUAAACUUACAACAACUCAGAAAACUGCUGAGGACAAGAUUAAACAUUUAGAGGAAAAACUUAAGGAAGAAGAACAUCAGCGUAAGCUAUUUCAAGACAAAGCAUCUGAACUUCAAACUGGACUUGAAAUCAAUAGAAUUUUAAUGUCUUCAGUAUCAAAUCCAAAAAGCUCCAAGGAGAAGAAGAAAUCUUUGAAGAAAACUAGAUGUUUAAAGGAACGACCACCUCAGCAAAUUUAUUCAAAGUCUGGAUCACUGCCAAUUGUGGCAAAAAAGUCUUCCAGUGCCAGCCAUUCUGUGAAUACAAGUAUGCAAAGCCUCCUGCAGGUAGCACAACAUUAUGGGCCACAUACCCAUCAGAAACUUACUGAGCCUCGAUGUCUCUACAAGCCUAUUAGAACAACUUCCCAGGGUAAAGCUGAACCUUCUGACUCAAAACAUUCCAUUUCUAUUGGUGACAAUUUGUCUGAACUUUUGAUGGCAAUGCAGGAUGAGCUGGACCAAAUGAAUAUGAAGCACGAAGAACUACUGAAUCAAAUGAAGGAAACUGAAAGUCAUUCAGUCCGUGAAGACCUAGAAUGUGAACUAGAACAUUUAGUCAAGAAAAUGGAAAUUAAAGGAGAACAGAUUUCCAAACUGAUAAAGCAUCAAGAAAAUGUCCGUAAACUGCAGCAAAAAGUUCAACAGUCAAAGAUGAGUGAAGCUUCAGGUAUUCAGCGAGAAGAUAACAACCUUAAAGGAUCAAAGAACAUAAAAAAUAGUUCCAGGAAAUGUUUGCUAACUAACUCUCUUCAGAAGAACAGCAGCUUUCAUCCAGUACAAGUCCAUAAUCUUCAAAUGAAAUUGAGAAGAGAUGAUAUCAUGUGGGAACAGUAACACAAUAGUAAAACUGUCACCUUAAACGAACUCUGUCAGUGAGAUCUUGAAUUGUCUAAAGUGGUUUUAAUUUAAUAUACCUUUAUGAAAUUUUGAAUUAUGCUUCUAGUCCCUAUAAAGUGUCAAGUUGUAGUAUUUUUAAAUUAAUGCCAAGACCUCCUAAGAGUCACAAAUAAUAAAUGACUACAUUUCUGUUUCUCUUACUGACUGAAA